AUGACGGGGCGGCUUGCAGCCGUGCCAAAGGAGACCACCGACGGCGCCACGGCUGCUACCUGCCCACCGCGCUGCAUGUACCGCGACUGGAUCCGGACGGUCGCCGUGUCCGGGGCGCAGAUAAGAUCCACUCUCUUCUCCAACUCCCACCCUGGUCAGAGCGGAUCCUCCAUCGACUCCGGCGCCUCGGAUUCUUACCCGUCCAAAAGCUCCGGCCGUUCCUCCGGCUUGGCCGCACCGGACUUGGGUGCCCACGAGCUCACGACGAUCGCUCGCCAAAUGGUCAGCGAUGGGUACACCAAGCGUGUUGUUGAGGCGUUCAGCGCCACAUCUCCCGCGCCAUCUCUGGAGAAUUGGUUCUCGGAGCUCGACGUGGACUGGAUUCUCCAAAUCGGCAACGAGCAUGGCUCAUGGUGGCAGCUCCAGCUCGGAGACAAUUCGGCUUUAUCGCUGCGAGAUAUGGUCGAGAGGUGGAUUCGAGCUCUCACAGUAAUCGCCGGCAGUAUCGGCGAGCUCGUCUUUGCUCGCCACGAGACCUCCAAAGUCGCACGGUUUGGCACACUGAGCAUCGCCAAGAUGCUAGAGUUCGUCGAUGCCAUUGUCCCUGCUCCCAAGGCAGAGAACCUACGGGCCGUGCUAGACAUGUACAUUUGUGCCUCCAAUGUGUCCUAUAUGUUUACGCCGCUCGACAUGUCUCCGGAAGCCCAAAUCAUAUUCACCGAGACCGCCAGCUCGUUGGGGACAACAAGAAACAAGUUAAACAAUGCCAUACUAAGCACGAUGAUGGAGGUGAGAACACUCAUGGAGGAUGACGAUUCAUGGGCCAUUGAGAUUCCACGAGGAGGAGGCGAUGUUCAUAGGAACACUCGGUUCAUGGUUGACUGCAUAGUGUCAAUGAGGAAAGCCCGGGCUUCGACGGAGAACUGCACGCCGAGCGACAACACCGUAAACCUUGGUGACCUGAUAGAUGCCACAUUUGACUAUCUAAGGGAUCUGCUUAGGAGAAAAUCAGAGUUUUGCUCGGGUCCAAGCUUGAGGUACAUAUUCCUGCUCAACAAUUCUAAUUUCAUAGCAAAUAUGUUCGAGCCGUCGGUUCCGUUGGAUCUUGAGCUGUGGUCUCUACACCACAGGCUUAAACGUCAAUGUGGGAAGUACAUUGAUAGCUAUCUCGAUAUCUCUUGGGGACACGUGACUUCCUGCAUACCGAAAUCAUACUUUUCUCGGCCGUUGAUCCAUCGUUGGAGCAACACCUCCUUACUGAUUAAUUUUGAGUUAGCAUUUCAUAAAACUUACCAGACUCAGAAGUUCUGGAAGGUUCCGGAGCCUCGUCUCCGAUGCUUGCCGCGGAAAAAUAUAGCUGAAAGAGUUGUCUCAAGUUACCGCAACUGUUUGGAGGAGAAUCCGGAGCUGGAAAAACAUGUGAAUAGAGGAACCAGUAGUAGUCCCGAAAUUUUGAUGGAGAUGUUAGGAGAGCUCUUUGAAGGAUGA